AUGUUGCCUAAAGUUCUCCUGAUGCUCCUCAACAUGUUCCUGGCCCUCCAGUGGAGGGUUGGACCUCACAUUAAACUGGAGAAUAAACCCCCUGCCCAAGAUAAGGUAGUCUUUGGCCCUCAGCCUCAGCCUUGGAAAAAGAAGCUUCCAGCAAGAGAAACAGAACUCACUGCUGAUCAUACAACUGAACGCCCACGUGGAAAACUGACAAGAGCUUCUCAAAUCCUGAACACCAUCCUGAGCAACUACGACCAUAAACUGCGCCCUGGCAUUGGAGAGAAGCCUACCGUGGUCACUGUUGAAGUCUUUGUCAACAGCCUCGGACCUAUUUCCAUCCUAGACAUGGAAUAUUCCAUUGACAUCAUCUUCUACCAGACCUGGUAUGAUGAGCGUCUUCGUUACAAUGACACCUUUGAGACACUUAUUCUACAUGGCAACGUGGUGAGCCAGUUGUGGAUCCCGGAUACUUUUUUUAGGAAUUCUAAGAGGACCCAAGAGUAUGAUAUCACCAUACCCAACCAGAUGGCUCUCAUCCAUAAGGAUGGAAAAGUGUUGUACACAGUUAGGAUGACCAUUGAUGCAAGAUGCUCACUCCACAUGCUCAAUUUUCCAAUGGAUUCUCACUCUUGCCCUCUGUCUUUCUCUAGCUUUUCCUAUGAUGAGCAUGAGAUGAUAUACAAGUGGGAGAAUUUCAAACUCGAAAUCAAUGCGAAGAACACUUGGAAGCUAUUGGAGUUUGAUUUUACAGGAGUGAACAACAAAACUGAAAUCAUCUCCACCCCAGUUGGUGACUUCAUGGUCAUGACAUUCUUCUUCAAUGUAAGCAGGAGGUUUGGCUUCAUUGUCUUUCAAAACUAUAUCCCUUCAUCUGUUACCACAAUGCUUUCCUGGGUGUCCUUCUGGAUCAAGAUUGAAGCUGCUGCUGCCAGGGCCUCUGUAGGGGUCAGUUCUGUGCUCACCAUGGCCACGCUGGGUACCUUUUCUCGUAAGAAUUUCCCUCGUGUCUCCUAUCUCACAGCUUUGGACGUCUAUAUUGCAAUUUGUUUCGUCUUGUGCUUCUGUACUCUACUAGAGUUCACUGUGCUCAACUUCCUGACCUACAAUAAUAUUGAACGACAGGCUUCUCCAAAGUUCUACCAAGUAAGAACCACCCGUGCUAAUGCGCGUACUCGUGCUCGUGCCCGCACUCGUGCUCGUGCUCGUGCCCGUGCUCGUCAGCAGCAGGAAGUGUUUGUGUGUGAGAUUGUUACCUAUGAGGAAAAUGCUGAAGAGGGUUAUCAGUGGUCUCCAAGAUCAAGAAGACCUCAGUGUCCCUGGAGGCGGUGUGGCCGAAGCUAUGUGUGCUUCAGGGUUCUCAGGAAGUAUUUCUGCAUGGUUCCUGGUUGUGAGGGCAACAGCUGGCAGCGGGGCCGCAUCUGCAUCCACGUUUAUUGCCUGGAUAACUACUCGCGGGUGCUUUUCCCCAUUACAUUCUUCUUCUUUAAUGUGCUCUACUGGGUGAUUUGCCUUAACCUGUAGGCUCCAGCUGGUAGCUCAUGGGGCAAUCACCUCAGUUCCCCAGGAGGUCCUAAGCCCCUUUGUCAAGGGAGUUGGGAGACAAUAGCAACAGCAGCAAGCCUGAGGAGAGUCUGUCUUUGCUGCUCCUCCUUUUGUUGGCCCCUUCACUCAAUCUUUUAAACAGCACUUCUCAAGUAACAGCCCACCUCUCUAUUCUUCAAAGAGUAUCCAUGAUGUUCAGUGUGCCCACAAUUGAGCAGAUAAGCUAUCUCUUGGUUGUGUUUGCAGUUACUGUUUUUCCCCAGGAGGUCAUGGUUCCAUUUGUGGAGCUAAGGGGCCCAGCUCAAGCUCAGCCCUAGAAUGCACAGAGCAACAACAGUAUAGCAGAAGGAAGGUCCUCAUCCUUAAGUCUUUAAGUCAGGCUAUUUGAUUUUUUUCUCCCUGCUCUCUCUUCCUCUGCACGUACGCACGCACGCACGCACA